UACAUCCCCCAGAGGUCCCUACGCUCUGGCAGCCAUCCGUUAGCGAUAGAGAUCGCGAGACAGAAACUUUAUAUUUUGUAUUUCUGAUUAGGCAUGUCUUACUCGGUUUUGAGCAAACCCAGGAUAAUUCGGGCGAAAUUAGGUAAUGAUGAUCAUGAUGAACGUGGGGCAGUGGGUAAAGAUGGAGCGGGGACGCAAAAGGUCCAAGUCAAAAGUACAGGUGUGAGGAAAGGUACAGCUUCAUCUAAGGAUACAGGCACAACCACAGGUAAAGGUGUUGGUAAAAACAUAGAUACAUGUACAGCUGAGGGCAGUACUACUGUCUUGCGAAGAUGUGCUGCCACCCAUCAAAGAUCUACUCUGCAGGAGUCAGCGCCAAAAACCACCUACAGUUAUGGUGCAUAUUCGGUGACUGUACCAGACCAGAAGAAGUGGAGUAAUUUACAAAAAAAAGCAACUGCAGAGUUGGCUGCAUUGGAAAAGUUGAAACGUCGGAAUAUUGGUCACGUUUCUAUUACUCCAAGAGCAGUUGGAGGAAAACUAACGCAAGAGGAAGUUAGAAGAAGACAACAACAGAACUUCAGUAAAGCAGAAAUAAUACAGGUGGUACAGUUUCACAAGAAUGCAAUAAUGAUAAUCGGCCCUCCAUUAACCCACGUGACAAUGAGAUGGGACAGCAGAGAACUGCUUCAGGAAAUGUUUACUUUGCGUUAAUAAACUAUUAGAACAUUAACAACUGAAAGAUGGGUGUGGUUCAACUUGCUCCUCCGAGUGAUAUAAUGGCACAAACCAUCGAUUCUUAAGCAGAUUCAAAAUUUGGCAAUGAUUAUAGAUUUCUUAGAAUAGUAUUGUAGACCCAACCAUCUUUAGCAGCUUAAUCAAAUUUCCUUCCAGCAUAAUGUCAGAAGUGUGAAUGUUCCUAUUUAAUGGCAGAGUACUUGGAAAACAGUGACAGGAAUUGGUUAGAGUCAGCAUGGAUUUACAAAAGUGAAAUUGUGCUUGACAAAUCUUUUGGAAACUUUUGAGGAUGUAAUAAAUGGAGUAAAUAAAGGGAGCCAGUAAAUAUGGAUUACUUAGAUUUUCAGAAGGCGUUUGAAAAGGUCCCAUGUAUGCAACCAUGUAUAAAACUAAAGCACAUGGGAUUGGGAGCCCUGUAUUAACAUGGAUAGAUAACUGAUCAACAGAGACAAACAAAGAACAGGAAUAAACCAGUCUUUUUCCAAGUGACCUGCAAUGACCAAUGGAGUUCCGCAGGGACCAGUGCUAAAAUCCCAGUUGUUCACAAUAUAUAUUAAUGAUUUACAUAAGGGAACUAAUACAAUAUCUCCAAGUUGGUAAACAGCACAAAGUUGGGUGGGAGGGUGAACAGGAUGGAGAAAUGUUUCAGUCCAAUUUGGACAAAUUGAGUUAGUGGACAAAUACCUGGCUGAUGAGCAGUAAUGUUAGAUUAUCCACUUUGGGAGCAAAUAUAGGAAGGCAGAUUAUGACCUGAAUGGUGAUAGAUUUGGAAAGGGAGAGGUGCAAUGAGCUUGUGUGUCCUCACUAGUUACUGAAAGUAAGCAUACAGGUUCAGUAGGUGGUGAAGAAGGCAAAUGGUGUUUUGGUCUUUACAGCAAAAUGAUUCAAGUAUAGAGCAGGGAUGUCUUGCUGCAACAGAACAGAUCCUUAGUGAGACUACGUCUGGAGGUUUUGUGAAAUUUUGGCCUCCUUAACAGAGGAUGUAGAUUCUGUUUAUAGAGGGAGUGCAGCAAAACUUUUAUCAGUUUUAUUACUAAGAUGGCAGGACUGACAUAUGAGGAGACACUGAUUCAACAAGGACUAUAUGCAUUGGAGUUGAGAAGGAUGAGGGGAUUUCAUGGCAACAAAUGAAAUUCUAACAGGACCAGACAUGGUAAAUUCAGGAUGGAUAAUACUGAUGAUCAUAGUGUUCGGAACCAGGGAUUAUAAUGAUUUACAACUGAGAUAAGGAAAUAUUUCUGGAAUUCUGUCACAGAUCAUGCUUGAGGCCAAAACACUGAAUGUUUUCAAGAAUGUGUUAGAUAUAAUCCUUGGGGCAAAAGGGAGCUAAGUGUAAUGGGGAGAAGUGGGAAUAUGGUAUUGAGUUGGAUAAUUAGCCAUGAUUGUACUGUAUGGUUCAGAGGGCUGAAAGAUCUACUCCUGCUCCAAUUUUCUUUGUGCAACCUGUCUUGACUAAACAUAAAACAAGGUUGUGAAAGGAAGAAGCAGGCUUUUUUUUUUUCUGAAUUAGCAGCAAUUUUCCUUUGGGAUUUACUUCAGGAUUAAAAUGUCAUUUUGCAGCUGUACCGGAUGUUGGUGAGGCAUUUUUUUUGGACUAGUGUGUACAGUUCUGAUUGCCCGACUGUUCGAAGGAUAUUAUUCAAUUUGACAGAGUACAGAAAAGAUUUAUAAAGAUGUUGCUGGGACUAGACGGUUUGAAUUAUAAAGAGAGGCUAGACAAGCUGGAACCUUUCUCACUGGAGUGGAGGAGAUCAAAGAAUGACCUUACAGAAAUUUCUAAAAUCAUUAAGUGUAUAGAUAAGGUGAACAGCAAAGGUCUUUUCCCUACAGUAGGGGAGCUCAAAACUGGAGGUCAUAGGUUUAA